AUGCAAUGCUUUUGCUCUGUUGUUUUUGCUGAAGGAAUUGAUUUUAAUAAAUAGUUUCAUCCUAAGAGUCUCCUCUGAGGUAUUCAAUCUAUCUUUUUGUCAUUUUCUUAGUUUAAGUCUUUGGUUGAUUUAUUAUGGAAAAUUAUGAUAUUUUGAUAAUUGGUAUAAAGCCCACUUGAGUUUCAAUGUGUUUAUGGCUGAGGACCAGUGGGUGGCUGGCAACAAUUCUUUUUUAUGAAUUUAUGGUGCUUUUUAUGUAUAUUUAUAGUCAUCUUUUCAUGAUGUUCAUUCGAUAUAUCUUUUUUUCCAUGAUUAUGUUCGACUAGUCAUGGAUUUUUCAAAAAAUGCUUUUGUUGCUGUUGGGGACAAUGAUAAAAGGGAAAAGUUUAAAAAUGUAAGUUUGGGUGAAUGUGAUGAAAUUAAAAUUGGAAUGCAAGUGAGAUCUGAAGAAGAAGCAUAUAACCUUUAUAAUGAGUAUGUUUUAAAAAGGGGAUUUAGCAUUCAAAAUGCAGUUAAACGGGAGUAUAAUGGUGUUAUUAGGCAACGAGAAUUUGUGUGUUCAAAACAAGGUUUUAAAGAGUUUGAAGACCCUUCUAAUGUUAAAAAGAAUCAUAAUUUAGAUGUAAGAAUGGGUUGUCGUGCUAGGAUCCGGUUUGUUGUAAAAAAUGAUAUUUGGAGUGUUUCACACUUUAAUGACACACACAAUCAUGAAUUUGCAACUCCAAAAGAAAGAUGUAACUUGAGAUCAGGAAGUAAGGUGCUACUUGCUCAUGGGAAUAUAAUUAGCACAAUGGUUAGUUUGGGUAUAAAAGCAACAAAGUCUUACUCAUUUUUGUCAAAAGAACUUGGUGGUGCAAAUAAUGUUGGGUUCUCUAGGCGAGAUUGUCAUAAUUUUGUGCAAACAAAAAGAAAAGAAAUUAUGGAAGCUGGUGAUGGGCAAAGUAUUAUUAAUCAUUUCAAAGAAAAACAAAGUGAAGAUCCAAUGUUUUUUUAUUCGGUGCAAGUAGACCAAGAUAAUAGAAUUGCAAAUUUCUUUUGGAGAGAUGGUUCAAAAUUAGAUUUUGACUCUUUUGGGGUUGUUGUUAUAUUUGACACCACUUAUCAAACCAAUAAGUACAACUUAAUUUGUGCACCAUUUGUGGGAAUCAAUCAUCAUUGGAACAAUGUUUGGUUUGGUUGUACUUUUUUAUCAGAUGAGACAACUCAGUCAUUUAUUUGGUUGUUUGAGACUUUUUUUUUUACUGCAAUGGGAGGUCAACAACCAAAAUCUAUUUUUAUAGAUCAAGAUCAAGCGAUGGCAAAUGCUAUUGAUAUGGUUUUUAGUGAGUCUUGUCAUCGACUUUGUUUAUGGCAUAUUAGUAAAAAUGCUCAAAAAAAUCUUGUUGGAAUCUAUGGUGUUCCAGAUUUCAAUUAAAGAUUUAAUCAUUGCUUAUAUGGUGGGUGUUCAAAUGAAAUGGAGUUUGAGUCAACUUGGAGCAAAAUGAUUGGGAUGCAUAAUUUAAAGGACAAUACAUGGUUGGACAGGUUAUACUAAAUUUGAGAAAAGUGGUGCCCAACUUUCAAUCUCGAUUUCUUUUUUGCAAAGAUGAAGUCUACCCAAAGAAGUGAGAGUACAAAUAGUGUUUUUCAUCAAAUUAUGAAAACAUCUAUGCCUUUUAUUGAAGUUAUUAAAUUUUAUGAGGAAAAGGCCGCACAAAUGCGACAAGAUAAAAUAAAUGAAGAUUUUCGUUGUAAGAAUGGUGCACUUGGGAAAGUUCAUAAGCACAGGUGCAUUUUAAGUCAUGCUGCUAAAGUUUAUACUCUUGCUUUGUUUGGAAUGUUUGAAGAAGAGUUUAAUUUAGGUAUGGGAUUGAAUUGUGUUGAAACUAAUCAUUGUGAGAAUAACUUUACAUAUUCACUAAGUAGUGGGGAGAGUAGAAGGAUUCAUAUUGUGCAUUUUAAUCGGGUUGAAUUAAGUAUUUGUUGUGAUUGCAAAUUAUUUGAGACUUUGGGGUUGUUAUGUUGCCAUGCUUUAAGGGUUUUUCUUGUGAAUAAUGGGAAUUAUAUACCCGACAAAUAUAUAUUAAGUAGAUGGACAAAAGAUGCAAAGAAAAGGUUGUGUAGCUCUGUUGAUUCAUUUAAAUCAGAUGAGAAAUCGACUCAUGUAUUGAGUAUGAGCAAUUUAAGUCUUUUGUGGUAUAAAUGUUGUGAUAAGGCUGCACUGACUAAUCAUGGGACCAAAAUAGCAAUGGAUAGUCUAAGUGAGCUAUUAUGCAAGCUUGAAAAGAGUUCAGUAGAUACAUAUAAGGUGAAAGACGUUGGUAAAAAAUGUCCUCAAGAUCUCAUACAUGAUGAUGAUGUGCAACCUUGCUUAGAUGGUAAGAGAUCAAUCCUUGAUCCGCCAGAUGUGAGAAAGAAAGGGAUAACCAAUUUUAGAAUAAAAAUUCAACUGGAAAAGAAGUAAAGAAAAAAGAUAGUGAAUAAUGCAACCACUUCAAAAGCUCCAAAAACUAUUUCUAUGGUACAUGGUAAGUACAAAACUAGUACUCAAGCUUUCUUUUUCUUAUUUUUUGCUUGUUGAGUUUAAUUGUGUGUUCUUACAAGUUAAUAAAAUUAUAAAUAAAAAAAUAAAAAAAACCCUACUAUGUGUGUGUGUAUAUAUAUACACUUAUAAACCCUAAAACUAAUCCUCUCAUUUCCCAACACACACUCACCAACCUCCAGCCACCCAUUCUCUUCUCCCACUCUCACUCACUUUCAAUCUCACUGUCGGCCCAAGAUGUCACCGCCUUGCCUCAAGCACUCCCUCAACCGAUCAAGCACCACGCAACUGGUAACUCAUCCAAGCCACCACAGCCAAAACCAAGCCCAGAAAACAAGAUCCUCGCCGACAAGCCUAGCCACAAUCAACUGAUCAAGCUCCUCGCCCAUUGCAGAUCCACCGUGAACCAUCACAUGUUACUGAUCCACAAUCAGUGUGGUUUGGGUUUUUUUCUUUUCGUGACUUUGUGAGCAAAAUUUGGGUUUGGGUUUUUUUUUUUUUUUUUUUUUUUUUUUUUUUUUUUAGCCAAAUUUGUUGGGUUUUUUUGGUGUUUUGUUGUUGGGAUUUUCAAAUUCGCUAAUUUUAUUUAUGGGUUUGCAAAAUUUCUGGGAUUUGUUGGAUAUUUUGUAUAGAUUAGUUUGUUAGAUCUUGGCAUCCAUUUGGAUGGCAAGAAAAUUUCCAAGAAAAUUACAUGUAUAUUCUGUGAUUUCUGAUUUUGGGUUUGUACUGAUUUUUGGGUUAUGAUUUUGAGUCGGGGCUCGUGGGCCCUGUGGAGCCCGAUGGGUUAGGUUUGGGUGCAACAAAAAAAACUCGUUUAUUAAACGGGCCAGGUUCAGGUAACGGGUACAGGCCCGCGGGUCAGGUCCGAGCAUAAAGAAACCCGACCCGUUGCCAUUCCUAACAAGAAUGUUUCAAGAAAGUACCUCAAUAUCAAACUUGAAUCAAGGCCCUACUAAAAAUUUCUGAAGUAUGAAGAAAAGAAUUUUGGACAAUAUACUGCAUAGCUCAUGGACAACAUUUUUGGACAGUUUUUUGGAUAGCAUUUUGUUAUCAUUGCACAGUGGAGGAACCUUUUAGAUAGUAUAUUUGACUUGAAAAUUUUAUAGAUAACAUAGUUGAAAAUUUGGACAAGUGAUUGCAUAGCCGGACACUAAUUAUAGCUGUCAUUUUGUAAAGCUUUUGUAACAAAUGAAAUUACUCAAAC